AUGAACGGGAUGCCGGUGAGAUAUACAGCGAAGCAGCAGGGCGAGGUUACGCUUUCCACGAUGGAGGCGGAGUUUGUGGCCACGUUGGAGCAAGCGCGCGAGCUGCUCGGCAUCAAGAAGAUGCUGUGCGAACUCGGGAAGUGGCCUGUGCUCCCGAUGCCACCUCACGUCGACAACUAA